AUGCAGGCAUCGAAGCAAGCAGCGUUCCACGCAGAAAUGGCUAAGGAGCAGGAUAUGUAUGCAUACGUGAAGCAGGAAUCCAUUCCUCGCUCACGGUAUCGCGCUGCCCUGCUUGGCCUGGCUGCCGCGUGCCUCCUCUUUUGGCAGCUUGUUAUGCACGCAUCCUCGAGCACCUACAUGAACACAUGCCAUUCCGGCACCGACUUUGAUGUAGAGUCCGCGUUUCUCCAAAUUCCCCGAGCCGCGAACAUCCGCGCGGCACUGAAGCGCUACACGGCAAUUCCUCACCUCGCAGGCGAUCGCGCCGACCUGCUUUCUGCCGAGCGCAACAUUGAGGAAUGGUCUGCACUGCUGGGGCUGCCCAACGUCGAGAAUGCGACCCAGCAGAUCGUGGAUGCGGGCACGCAUGCAAGUCGUGAUUUGAUGGAAGGGAAACACGAAGCAAAGGCGCGUGUAUGGGCCGACACCUACUCGGUAUGGCUCGACGAGCCGCAGCAUGCAUCCCUCGCACUGUUCGACGGCGAAGAGCCCGUAUGGGAGGCCAAGCUUGCAGAAGAUGUACUUGAAGACGAUCCAUACAGUGCCCACGGCGUGCCGCCUUUCCACGGCUUUGCUGCCUCUGGAAAUGUGCGCGGCGAGCUUGUGUUUGUCGGCGCUGGGCGCAAAUCGGACUUUGAUAUGCUGGCAGAGCACGGAAUCGACGUGCGCGGCAAGAUUGUUCUUCUCCGCUACGGCCACGUCUUUCGCGGACUAAAAGUGCGCGCUGCACAAGAGGCAGGCGCUGCAGGCGUGCUCAUCUAUUCCGAUCCACUCGAAGACGGCAAGGUGACCGAAGCGAAUGGCUACGAACCCUAUCCCCAAGGCCCUGCGCGCCAUCCAAGCAGCAUCGAGCGCGGGUCCGUCACAGCUCUCUCACUCUACCCUGGCGAUCCAUCCACGCCAGGCUGGCCGUCCUACCGGAACACCACGCGGCUUUCGCUGGAAGAGGCAGACGUCAUGCCGCGCAUUCCGUCGCUUCCCAUCUCGUACCGCAACGCGCAGAGCCUCUUGCAAAAGCUCGAGGGCCGCGGCAAGCGUGCCGCUGAGAUCCAUGACCAGAUGCCCGGCGCACUGCCCAACUUGACGUACUGGACAGGCCCAAGCACAGAGUGCGUGCACCUCGACACAAAGUCGGAGCUCCACACGCGCGAUAUCUGGAACGUGUAUGCGGUCAUUCCCGGCGAGCUGGAUGACGAGCGGAUCGUGUUGGGAAACCAUCGCGACGCAUGGACGUUUGGCGCUGCAGACCCUUCGUCCGGUACGGCCAUCUUUCACGAUAUUGUGCGUGGAUUCGGCGCGUUGCUUGCCAAGGGGUGGCGGCCUAAGCGCACCAUUGUGCUGGCCAGUUGGGACGGCGAAGAAUCGGGGCUGAUGGGCUCCACCGAGUUUGGCGAGGACUUUGUAGCGCAUAUUCGGGACAAGGUCGCCAUGUACGUGAAUGUGGACAUGGCAGUAAGCGGGAGCAAGCUGAGUGCGCGUGCAUCGCCCUCGCUGCAAGCACUCACGCAGGGUGCAGUCAGGGAUACGUAUGCCACGCCGCUGGAAGAAAUCCGGCCGCUUGGGUCCGGGUCUGAUUUUACCGUGUUUGUCCAGCGCCAUGGGAUUGCUUCCGCGGACAUUGGGUUCAAACGGACGAGCGAGGAUCCUGUGUACCACUACCACUCGAACUACGACUCCUUUACUUGGAUGGAGACUUUUGGCGACCCGGGAUUCACGCGACACGAAGUCAUGGCCAAAACGGUUGGGCUCAUGGCGCUGCGUGCGGCACAACCGGCCUUCCUUCCGCUGGACCUUGUUGCAUUUGGGGAUGCAUUGCAGGAGUAUUAUACCAAGCUCACAGAAAUAGCCGCCAAGUCGGACGUGGCGCUGCCGGAUCUGCAGGACAUUGAGCUAGGGAUCGACGAGGUGCGCCGUGCGGCGGCUACAUUUGCCGAGUAUCGUACGAGCGUCGCACAUGCGCUCGAAACUGUGCACGCCAAGGCACUGCCUACGACGCUGCGUGCCGUACAGGAGGUGAAUACAAAGCUCAAGCAGUUUGAGCGCAUUUUCCUGAGCGAGCAUGGACUCGAGUACCGGCCGUGGUACCGCAACCUUGUCGUUGCGCCCGGCCGGUGGUUGGGGUACGGCGCAACGACAUUCCCAGGAGUUACAGAGAGCAUUACGCUUGACGGAGGGAACGGAACCGCGUACGAAGUCAAGCGGCUUAUUGCAGCGCUCUAUGGUGCUGCACAUUGGCUCAAGUCAUGA